CCGCCGCUCAGGACUCCGGCGUCCGUCCGCCCGCCUCCUCUGGCCUGACCCGCCCACCAGCCCGCCGCCAUGAACUAUCUCCGCCGGCGCCUGUCAGACAGCAGCUUCGUGGCCAACCUGCCCAACGGCUACAUGAUGGACCUGCAGAGGCCGCCGCCCCCGCCGGGCUCGUCCACGUCCUCCCCGGCCUCGCCGGCCACCGAGAGGCGGCAGCCGCCCGGCGCCCCUCCCCAGGCCCAGACCCAGGGGCAGGGAUCGGGAUCGGGGUCCGGCCCCGGCUCGGCUCCCGGCAGCUUCCUCAGCUCCUUCUCCAGCGUGGUGAAGAGCGCCCAGAUGGCCCAGAACGUCGCCGCCGCCGCGCACGCCAAGUCUGCGGCGGCGGCAGCAACGGCGGAAGGCGGCGCCGCGGGGGGAAGUCAGUCCGCCAAACCUCUGGUCCGAAAACCCAAGAUCCUGCUGGUGGUGGACGAUCAGCACACCGACUGGGCCAAGUACUUCCGAGGGAAGAAGCUGAACGGAGAGUACGAGAUCCGAGUGGAGCAGGCGGAGUUCUCCGAGAUCAACCUGGCCUCCUACGUCAACUCGGGCUGCACGGUGGACAUGCAGGUCAGCAAGGGCGGCGCCAAGGUGGUCAGAUCCUUCAAGCCGGACUUCGUUCUGAUCCGCCAGCACGCCUACAGCAUGGUCCCCGGCGAGGACUUCAGGAACCUCGUCAUCGGCCUCCACUUCGGCGGCGUGCCGAGCAUCAACUCGCUCUUCUCCAUCUACAACUUCUGCAGCAAGCCCUGGGUGUUUUCGCAGAUGAUUAAGCUGUACCACUCGCUGGGCCCGGAGAAGUUCCCCCUGAACGAGCAGACCUUCUACCCCAACCACGCGCAGAUGGUGGCCACGCCUUCCUACCCGGUGGUGGUCAAAAUGGGACACGCUCACGCCGGCAUGGGAAAGAUCAAAGUGGAGAACCAGCAGGACUUCCAGGACAUCACCAGCGUGGUGGCUCUGGCCGGGACCUACGCCACCACCGAGCCCUUCGUCCAGUCCAAGUACGACAUCCGCAUCCAGAAGAUCGGCGCCAACUACAAGGCCUACAUGAGAACGUCGAUCUCUGGCAACUGGAAGGCCAACACGGGGUCGGCCAUGUUGGAGCAGAUCGCCAUGACCGACCGGUACCGGAUGUGGGUCGACUCCUGCGCCGAGAUGUUCGGCGGUCUGGACAUCUGCGCCGUGAAGGCCGUCCACGGGAAGGACGGCAACGACUACAUCAUCGAGGUGAUGGACAGCUCCAUGCCGCUGAUCGGGGAACACGUGGAGGAGGACAAGCAGCUGAUCACCGAGCUGGUGAUCGGCAGGAUGGCCCAGGUGCUGCUGGGAGUCUGCGCGCCGCCGCCGUCUUCUGUCAAGACCACUCAGCCCCGACGAGGGGGCCACCGCUCCGCCUCGGCCUCGCCGUCGCCGUCGGCCCAGGGCUCGCCGCAGAGAGCGCGCUCCGCCACCACCUCCCCCAGCCAGGCCUUCCAGCCCGGCCCCAUCCCCGCCGCCUCGGGCCCCGGGGCCCCCAAGCAGCCGCCGCAGCUCAAUAAGUCCCAGUCUCUGACCAACACCUUCACCGAGACGCUCCGGGGCAGCCUGACCGACGACGAGGCCAAAGCCGAGACCAUCCGCUCGCUGCGCCAGUCCUUCGCCAGCCUGUUCUCCGACUAGAGGCUGGCCCGGCCCCCGGCCGCCGGCCCCCGGCCCCCGGCCGCCGGCCCCCGGCCCCCGGCCGCCGGGCUCCAGGUGAAGAAAGAGCAGGACUCCUGCUGAACCUCUUCCGGAG